UCAAAAUUUUUUUUCAAAUUUCAAAUUAUAAUUUCACAGUAAUUAACAAAAUCAAUCAAAUCCUUAUAAUCAAAACGCUCCUCUUCUUCUUCGUCUAACCAUGGAAGAAGCCGACUUAGCUGACUUGGCACCUCCAUCUCUGGUCUCUCUUUCUCCUUUCUAUCCUUGUCCUCGACGCCUUUCCGUCAACUUUACCGAGCCGUGCCGGCCGGUUGUUUCUUCAGCUAGGCGGCUGGCUUGGGUUUCCCUCCGGGGGCGCCUCGUAGAUGCCGAGGAAGCCAGCUCGGCUCGUGCUAUAGGUGGCGGCUUCGGUCGAGAAGAGGCUGUGGCCUGGCAGCUCUUUAGCCCCAUUGAAAGGUUCUUGAUCGUGGCGGUGAUCGGCGUGGCAACUGCCGAGUCUAAGAAGAAUUGGCUGUUAUGCCAACUCCAAAAAUCGAUCGAGCUAAGGGAUCAGGUGCUUUCAAGCAUGCAGCAGAAGUUAGACAAUCUCUGUGAACAGCUGAAUAAUGCUGAGGGGAAGCAGGGAACGGGGGCCAUAACAAAAGUAGAAUCACCAUUGAAUGAAACUUUUGUUUCUGGGAGUGAUAAGUUUGUUGAUUGUGGUUGUUGGAUUUGCUAUCAACAUCGUGAACAAUUUGAAUGUAAAAUGGCAUUGUCAAAUGAGACAGAACAAGAGGAGCGCCGCAUGUCUGAUUUGUCAGACUGGGCUUCAAGUGUCACAUCUGCAUCUGAAAUCCAGUUGAACAACCUUGCAAUAGAACAAGAUAUCUUCAAUCUUAAGGAGUCCAAAGAGAAGGAUGCAAUCAUAAGUCAGCUAAACACUUUUGUUCAGUCAUCCAAUAUGGCUAGUUCAAAGAGGAUAUCGGAGUUGGAGGACAUUAUACGCAGGAAGAACACAAUAAUUACAAGAUUAAAGGAGGACAUGGGGGUUCUAGAACAAAAGGUUGUCCACCUGACGAGGCUUCAGAGACCUUCCUCCUCUACCUCAAGUUCAAGCUAUUGGCAAAUUCCAGUCAUGACAGAUAACGUCAUUUAUGACAUGGAUAACACUACUAGCCCUUCCUCAUCUGAUUCAGAUUGCUCACCAAAGAACCGUCCACAAGCUCCAGUUCCCAAAAUUGAGGAAGUUAAUUUCCGGAAUGGUGACUUUGCUUUAAAGAGAGAGCAGAAAUCAGCACCUGCAAAAGUUUCAAGCUCUUUUACGAGACAAACUGAGUGGCAUUCAAUGUCUGGAUCAGGUACUCCAUUCAAAGACAUAUCAAUGAAUCACAAGUCUCAUACACAUUCUUCAAGGCAAAGGCAAGUAUCGGUUAGUCGAGAUUCAAAGAGAAUGAAGAAGCAAACUCAAAGCGCAUGGAAAGAUUCGACCCCAAAGAAGAGAUGGGCUUAGUAAGUGCUUAUCAAUUUGAUGGUUUAAUACCAGUUAAUUGCAGUUUGACAUUCUGGAUUAAACCCAAGCCCAGCUUGGUACCUGGAUUGGUCAACCUGGUGAUUCAGCCACCAACUAGGACCAGGCUUCACUAUAUAUUUGACCCGAUCAAGUAUCAGGCUAAUAAUUGAUGUUGCCUUUCCCUACACUUUUCAUCCUUGGCAUUGUUGCGGGCAACUAAGAAAACAAACCGAGGGUGAAUUGGAAAUUUAGAAUGCAUGAGUAAUGGAUAAGAGAUGCAUUUUUCUUCAUUGUGAAAAGAUGAAAAGUGAUGUGGUAAAAGUAAAAAUGAAUAUGUAAAAGGUUGCUCAUGCAAUGCAUCUGUAGAGGAUAUAUGCUGCAAAAGAUUUUGCAGUUUGAAGAUGGGUAUAUCUUAAGAGUUUGUUUAAUGGAUGGUUAUUCUCAUACAAAAAUGUAGUUAUGCAAUUAUUCUAUGAUCCUGUUAGAUUUUAAGUAUUUUAGAACCAUAUAUAGCAUUUCUGAAUUGGGUGCAGAGUUAUGUUUGGAGAAAAUUAAAUGAAAUAAAAUG